UGUAUGUAUUUAUAUGGGUAACUUAACUUGGCGGCAUCUAACCUAAUAACAUCGAAUUAGUUGUGUUUAACAUGUGAUGAAGAGAUCUCGAUGUUUUUAUAGACAAGUAGCAGGUUAAUAAUGUCUUUUCGAUAAUUUAAAUAACACAAUUAAAAUGUCUGACGAAUCGGAGUACGACAUAGAGCCAGAAGAGUUUGAUAUAUAUAAAAGGAAAUAUCAACUUCUACUCGAUAGAUGCGAAAUCUUACAGCAGGAUAAUGAGAGGCUUGUGUACCGUAUACAAAAAGUGAGAAAACUUCUUAAACGUACAAGGAAAGAAAAAAAAUUUCUAAUUGAUCGUUUGGAUCAGCAUGGGGAUAGAUGGAGAGAAGCUCCUAUGGGAGUACUCGAAGAAAAUAGUGUAUUUCAAACCACACCUAAACAAGAACGAGGUUCCAAGUCAGGUGGUCACCAUCCAAAAGAGGAGAAACCAAAGAAAGGAACUAAGAGGAAAGGAUCUAAGGCUGAUCCAAAUGCUCCAAAAAGGCCUGCCAAUCCUUUUUUCCAAUUUUGCCAAGAGCAAAGACCCCGUGUGAUGGAGAGACUUGCCGGAGAGCCUGAGCCCAGCAAACAGGAACUCACAAGACAAUUGGCCACUACUUGGAAGUCCUUGAGCUCUGAGGAUAAAAAGGUAUACUAUGACAUGUAUGAACGGUCUAAGGAGAAAUACGUAGCAGAAAUGCAGAUUUACAAUAAGAAAUCUGAAGAUGCACCCAACCAAAUGUCACUCAAUAUAACUUAAUCUAACUUAAGGUUGUAAAUAUGUAUGUUACAAAUAAACAGAACUUUUUUUUAUUAA